GGAAGUGAUAAUUGUGGCGCCAUAUUGGGCGCCAUUUUAAUUUUAUGUAGCAUCGAGGUAGGAUUGCUCCCUUAAUAUUUAUUGUGAUGUUAAAAAAUUAUCGGUAUUUUGUGUUAUAAGUGUGCUUAAAACGCAAUAAUCGAGUCUGGUAAACCCACACAGUUUUAGGACUCCAAAAUGGAGCCCAUGAACAAUCAACUUAUCACAAAAGCCAUCGGAUUUCAUGGGCAACAGUUCCAGAAACUUUGGGAAGGAGAGUUUGGAGAUAAUGAUUUGGCCCGUCGAGGAGUUAAAGAUUUCAAUUUUCAAGUUUAUGGCCAAAGGCAAAGAAAUUUGCCAUUUCAAGAUCGUGGCAAAAGGCUUAAUUUGCAACAGUUUAUCGUAAAAAAGGCUGAACAAAUUUUUUCAACUAAGCCAUCUGAGUUGAAAUCAAAUACAACAACCUCUCCAGCAGAAGAUUUAUAUUCAGUUACACCUCCAUUUGAGACAUACAUAAAUGCUGAUCGACAAAAGAGACUCCAAUUUUUUACUGAGAAUGUUAAGGUGGGUGAUCUUAUAUUGGGUACUAUUGUCAGUAAGCAGCAGUCUGGUAUGAUGCUAAAAGUUUUGUGUACAGCAGGAAAUGAUGGCAAUGUCAAAUAUGCAGCUGAUAUCAACAUAAAAGCAUUUUGUCCUGUUGCCAAUGUAAUUCCAGCAGUAGAUAAGAAGGGUGUCUCUCGCAGUUACAUGAUGAACGACUAUGUGUGUUGUGAAGUACUAGAAGUAAUUGCUGAUACAGAUAAAAUGGUUUGUGGAAUGAAAGGUACUACUAGGAAACCCGGCGACCCUGAACAUCAGCCUCCAUUGGGACUUAUUAGUACAGAUGAUUUUCCACUGGUUUACAAAAAAUCUUUGGAUCACAAGAACGAAUCUUAUGAAUCUGUGUUGGAGAAGAGCGUCGGCUUCAAUAAUCCAAAUAAUAUUCAAUAUUUGGCUGAUCAGAUGGGGAUUAAUGAACAUGUUUCACUUAUGAGUGGUUUAAGGGGAAGAUUUCCUGAAAACGAGUAUGCAACUGAAUUGCGUCAAGUACAAGCCAGCAAAUGGGCGUACCGUAACGUGGCUGACGGUAUUGAUCAUUUUAAAGCUGGAAAACAUGUUGAAGCUUUCCAGUGUUUGAACAAGGCAUUGAACAUAGACCCACGAAAUGUGGAAGGUCUAGUUGCACGAGGUGCACUUUAUGCCAACAGUGGCAACUUUCAAAAGGCCAUUGAAGAUUUUGAAACAGCUUUGAAAUUAAAUCAGAACCACGCAAACGCCCGUAAAUAUAUGGGUGAAACGCUUGUUGCUUUGGGACGAAGUUACGAAGAGGAGAAUAAGAUCGAAGAGGCGCGUAAAGCGUAUCAAAGUUGUCUCAGCAUCAUACCCUAUCAUGAAGAAGCAAAGAAUUCUUUGGAAUUUUUGAAAAACAAGGAAAAGCAGACACCCAAAAAUUUUAUUGAACCAGCCGAACUUCUUUUACCAAACUUGGCAUCUGUACGAAAACCGACCGCAGAUGUCAAUGAUGCUUUAAACCAACUGCUAAAGAACGAAGAGGUUGACAAGAAAGAUAAGAAAAAGAAGAAGAAGGAAAAGAAAAAGUUGAAAAAGAAACGCCAUUCUAGUUCCAGUUCUAGCUCUAGCUCUUCGGGAAGCGGAGAGAGUUCCAGCAGUUCAUCUAGUAGUAGUAGCGAUUCGAGCAGUUCAAGUGGAGAUUCUGAUUUUAAGAAGCGCAAGAAACAUCGUUCCAGGUCUCACAGAAGGGAGAAACGUGAAAAUUCUCUAAGUCCAUUGAGUAAGCGUAUGGCGAUGAUGGAUUCACAAGCUCAAGACCCAUCAACCAGCAAUUUUAAUUUCAACAAGCCGGCGACCAACGCUUUUGAUUUUGGAUUUGAAGAACCUCAAAAACCCAAGACUGUUGAGGUUGACUAUGAAGCUAAGGUUAAAUCAUUCCUGCUAGAAACCAAGGACGAUUCAGAUUAUGAAACAAAGGUGAGGAAGUUCUUAGAGGAGAGUGCCAAAUGGAAAAAGGGUAAGAGUGAUACUGACAAGAAGAAGAAGAAAAAGAAAGAGAAAAAGGCUAAAAAGGAUAGUAAGAAAAAGAAGAAGAAGGAAAAGGAUAAGCUGAAACGUAAAGGAGUUGAUUUAGAUUUGGACGAUCAUAAGAAACUGCGAGAUGCUAUCAAGAAAGAAUUAAACAAAGAGAAGAAGAAGAAACAUAGCCUUCUUUCUGAUGAUGAAGAAUACUUCCUUCAAAAAUCAGGCAUUUCAAAAAGAUUUAUUGAGAACUUGCCAGAUUUAGAAGAACUUGAAUCAAAAUUAAAUGCAUAUUAUGCACUGGAAAAAGAAUCAAAGAGAAGCGAAUUAAGUGAAUCGCCAAAACAUUCUCUUCUGGACUCGCCAUCUCCGACAAGAGAACAGAAAGCCAGGCAAGCAGUGGCUGAGGCUGCGGCUUCGGCUGGAAAGUGGAAAAUGCACAUUGGACCUGCAACCCAACCAUCAUCCAGAUUUAAGAAGAAGCAAGAAAGGCCUCCAUCUCCUGAAUGGCCGCCAGAAUUACCACCAGAGAAACCCAGAUCUAGAAACAACUUUGAUAAUCUUGCCCCAAAGAAAGCACCUUUGCCUCCAUUACCAACAGAAAAAGCCGUCAGUGUUCGCAAACAAAUGGCAAUGAAAGAACCUCCGGCUAAACACCCUUCUGAAUCGCCUAAGAAGUUUAAACCCACAGCUGCGCCGCCAGCUCCACCAGGGCCGAAAAUUCCGCAAGGGCAAGUGGUAUUAGACAAAUUUGGGAAUUUCAGACUUAUGACACCGCCGGAAAUGAAGAAAGGUCAUGACGUAAUGUCAGGUACUGCUCUUUCUAGCAGCAAUAAAGGAGACCAAGCAGGCCGCAGACCACCGGAACCGCCGGGCAGACCGCGCUCAGCAAGCAACUCUCCUAAACGACGCAGUCGUUCUCGCUCCAGACCCAGCCGAUCGCGCAGUAGCAGCCUUUCGCGCAGCAGGUCCAGAAGCUAUCGCUCCCGGUCGCGCAGCUACUACUCGCGCAGUCGUUCCCGGUCCGGUUCGGCGUAUUCGCGUAGCCGCUCCAGGUCGCGCAGCUAUUCGGGCGACCGGAGGUUCAGGAGGAGGGGCGGAUUUAGAGGCCAGAACAACAGGGGCACGUACUAUAAACCACGCUAUCCCAAUCCCAGAUUCGACAAUCGUGGCAGAGGUCGAGGUUUUUACAGGGAUCGAUUCGACCGCAACUUUAGAGGCAGAGGCCGGCCGUACGAUUAUAGAGGAAAUAGGCGAAAUAAUAGAGGCAGAUAUCCAAGGGGAGGAUAUAGAGAUUAUAGAGACAGGAGAUAUGACAGAAGCAGGUCAAGGGAUCGUAGCAGGUCAUACAGCAGAAGUCCCGACAGAUCUGAUGACUCUCCGAGAAGAACCAGGGAAGAAAGCAAGGAAAAGAUUAACAAGUAUUCAGAAGGUCAGACUGCUGAAAAUGUUGAACAGCCAGUCAAACACGACGGACCCUUAUCAGAAGGAGAGGAUCGGGAUGAUUAUACUAACAAUGAUAGUAAUAAGGUUAUUGACAGAGAUGCUUUUGCUGGAAAAUGGGCAGAUAAAGACGAUAACGAUCGUGAACCGUCACCACCCGGUAGUAGAGACAUUCCAGUAGAAACGAACAUAGAGGAAAUGGAUAAGUUUCUGGAUAAAGUGAAGAAAGAUAAAAAAGAAGAGAUGUUAGAACGUAACAAGGAUAUGCUUAAAAAUAAACCUUAAAAAUACUUGUUUCACAGUGAUUUUAAAUAUUUUAGUUAAUAAUGGUUACUUUGUCAAACUUUGCAUAUAUGGCUUCAAUUUUAAUUGUCUAACACUAAAUUGGUUUCAAAUUAUUAUUUUUUACUGUGUUUAAUAGCUAAGCGUUAAUGGUUGUUCAUGCACUUAGAUUAUAAUAAAUAUGGUAAUGUCAAA